CCACAACACGCCGACGUCGACUACUAACCCUUUGCAGCAGGUACCAUUGGGGCCAACUGGGCUGGAACUCCGGGCUGACACGUCAAUGUGGUCUUACCGAGCUCUCGAAUGAAGCCCUCGCCCCCCUCACGCUCGACAGCGCCGACUGGCUUGCAUCGCCAGCCCUCGUACCGUGAGAUGUCCCGCGCCGCCAUCUCCCGCUCCGGGUCCAGGCGGACCUCCCCAGAGAUCCAGAACUCGACCGCCUUUCGAACCAAUGCCUCGGUCACAAGACACUACUCUGGGGGUGACAGUUCCGACGACGAAGUCCCCGAACCUAAAUUCAGUGCCUCCGUCAAGGCCCUCCUGGAUGAGGAUGGACUCGACCUCUCCCCGCGUCUGCGCGGCGAGCGCAUGGGAUCGGCUCGCUCAAGCCAGGAACGACGAGCUCGUACCACCUCGCCCCAAGACCAAUCGACCGGAAGCCCCGCGCCUCGUGUGGUUCGCCUUGCGCCAUCCCUGAAUAGCAGCGGCGGCAGAUCUAGACGGGAGGGAUCACUCCUGUCCAACAGCGAGAGCGCAGACCACGAAGCAAGAACCGACUCGAAUGAUUUUAUCACGCCUGCCCCGAGGCCCCGCAGUGUGCGCAUCAAUGGUUCCCGGAGCCACACACGCUCACUUGCGUCCGAAUCACCCUCCCAGAGACGAUCGGCUGAGAGGAGCUAUGUCGACGAGCAUGGAAGCGCGGAACGUUCGGAAGAUGAAAGAAAGUAUCGGUAUGAGGAUGAUUAUGCGCCUCGGACCGGUCCUUCAUCGGUACUCCGCACCCGGAAUCCAGAGGACAUCGGCAUGCAGAGCUCACUGCGAGUGAAGCGAGUCGGAAGGCUCACUGGAACAUUCUUGAACGGCCCCGCAAGGCGUGGCGUAUUACGUCGACAGAGUGAAGAGAAUAAUGAAGAUCGAGAAUUGGAUACGAAUGUCGACAGCGCUGACUACCACUAUAAGACUACUGCGAGAUCCUCGUCCCCUAAGGUGUCAUGGGCGGAUCCAAGCCCACCAGUCAAGACCGACGAGCACCGAUCCUUUGAUCGCGCCGACGGACCCUUUUCUAGAUCCUCAUCGCCCAAGUCUUAUGGGUCACACUCGAAAUCGACACCCGGGUCUUCCUCAGAAACGUCGUCCAAACCCUCAAGUUCUAGGGAGCAGCCUAUGUUCAAAGUGCCUCUUCCACCAACGUUGCCCUCAACUCGAGACCAAGAGAACGAACCGCCGCCGACCUUCAAGCGUGCCAAGCCUCAGGGAUUCAAUUUGCUGGACAAACCCGAGAAGCUGGCUGUAGUAUACGGCGAGGAGAAGAAAGAGCAUGGAGAGACACCCGCAGGGAACGGGAACUCGCCCAGAAAGAUUUUAGCAACAAGAAAUAAUAACACGCCUCACAGACCGGCUCCCCCUCCCCCCAAGAUGUCCGUUCUUGAGACAGCCACAGCCACAGGAGGAGCUGCCACAGCAUCACACUCCCGGAAAAAACGCAACCAAGUGUCGGUCAACCAUAAGCCUUUCACCCGGCUGGACUGUAUCGGUCGCGGCGGAAGUUCAAGGGUGUAUCGGGUCAUGGCCGAGAACUAUAAGAUCUUUGCCUUGAAGAGGGUGAACCUGGAGGACGUCGAUCCGAUCACCUUGGCUGGAUACAAGGGUGAAAUCGAUCUGCUUAAGAAGUUGGAGAAUCUCGAUCGCGUUGUGCGCUUGUUCGAUUGGGAGCUCAAUCAAGACAAGCACACGCUGAGUGUCCUUAUGGAGAUUGGCGAAUCUGAUCUGGAGAAGAUCCUUACCUACCGACUUAACGCUGAAGAUGCUAGAUUUGACAUCAACUUUACCCGAUACUACUGGAAGGAGAUGUUGGAGUGUGUCCAAGCUGUACAUGAACACAACAUUGUGCAUUCUGAUCUGAAACCUGCGAACUUUCUCCUGGUUCAGGGCCGAUUGAAGCUGAUCGAUUUCGGAAUCGCGAACGCCAUCCAGGACAACACUGUGAACGUGCAUCGUGAGCAGCAAGUGGGGACGCCGAACUACAUGUCGCCGGAGGCCUUGAUCGACUCGAACGCCUCCCUCGGCCUACCUGCAAGUGUCGGAAAGAUGAUGAAACUGGGCAAGCCGAGUGAUGUGUGGAGUCUGGGAUGCAUUCUUUACAAGAUGGUGUACGGCCAGCCUCCGUUUGCCAAAAUCGCAAAAUAUUAUGAACGCAUCCUGGCUAUUCCUAAUCCUCAUGUGAAGAUCGACUUCCCCGCAUUCGGUGUGGGAGGCGUCCCCGUGCCUCCUGGACUGGUCAGAACAUUGAAAGGCUGUCUGCAGCGUGAUCAGACGCUACGACCGACCGUGAAAGAGCUCCUCAGCCAGCAAGACCCAUUCCUCUACCCGGACGCGCAACUCGAAGGCGCCGUCCCGGUCACACAAGACAUGCUGAACCGGAUCCUGGUAAACGUGGUCAACCACUGCCGGGUACGCGGCAUCCCCAAGGACGAAGAACUCGCCGCCUGGCCGGCCGGAUUCUUCGCCAAGAUCAAAGCUGCAUUGGAAGAAGGCAGCUAACCACCACCCUUUCGACUGCUUCUUUCCUAUGUCCUGUGUCUCCUUGUCUCCUGAUACCUCGUCGAAUGAACCGAUGAACCCGGCGUUCCCGUCCACACUAUAUCCCUUUCCUUUGUCCGACAUACUCUGUUCACUUCUUGUCCCAUUUUGGAUCUAUACAUCCUCUUCGUCACGUUUUGGUUUGGGGAGAACUGGAAACCUGAUGUUUUGUCUUGAGUCGCGCUUCAGCCUGGAUGAUUGAUUGAUUGAUUAAUUGGUUGCAUGUUCACUGCAUUGGACGCUGUGGGUUUCAGCAGCAUGGGUAUUUGGAGUUUUGAUUGUGUAUACCUUGGAAUAUACUAAUUCACUACCA